AUGUCGUACUACGAUCUUGACGACUUUCUGAGUGAAUCGCAAAGGGUUCCGUGUAAGUUCAACAUCACAGUUCCUCUCUUGGGGUACUUGGAAGGCACACCAGGAGCGGAUAUUAGUGAAGGCUCUAAGGUUGAGCUGCCAUUGUGGAUAGCAGAGUUCUUAGCCAUAUCGGCUGUCUCAGAGACUUCAGAGGUUGGGUUCGUAGAUCUAUUACAACCAGAGGCACUGAACAAGAAGGUGAUCAACGCUAUUAAGACAGAUGCGGUCUCACUGGAUGCGCAUUCAAUAUGUCAACACUUCUACUCAUUAGUUGAAAAGUGGGCUAAGCUCUACAACGAUAAGGAGCUGUCAGAAGUUGCACAGCAGAUGCUUCGAGACAGAGCACACGAGAUCAACAACUAUGCACAGAAUCUUAGAGGUGCACAUCAGGAGAGUAACUUCCUGUAUUCGUUGGACGAGUUUGAAAAGGUGCUGUACAAGACGUCUCAUGAUAGUUAUAAACAGCUUAGGAAAUGGAUGCAUAAUGAGAAUAAAUGA